CCCGACCCUGUGUCUGGACGCUGGCCCGUCUGCGCUGACGCCGGUGAACCUCUGGGGUGCACUGCACCCCCCACCCCCCUGAGGCUGGGCACACUCUAGGGGUCCCCUCUGCCCAGAAGGAAGCUCCAGAGGGUGUGGGUGGGGGGGGGGCCCAGGUGUGGCCUGCGCUGCCGUCAGGUAACAAGAGCCUGGGGACUUGUGGGGGGGACGCACCUGCUCCCCUCGGUGCCCUAGGCUCCACCCGCCCCGCCCAGAGGGCUUCCCCAGAGACUCCCCAGACUCCCGGCGGCACCGCGGGGGUGGGGCCUCCCUGAUGGCCAGAGCGGGGUGCAGGCGGGGCGGAAGGCUGGGACCGUGACCACGGCCGUGUGCGUCUGUGUCGGCGGCGGCCGUGCGGGGUCCGGGUGCGCCCGCGGCGGGGACGACCGGGUGCCGGCUCCGAGCGGGCGACAAGCGCGUCUCUGCGGGGCUGCGCGGGGUCCGCGGAGCGGCUGGGGGCGCGCGGCGCGGGCGCGGCGCUGGGCGCGGGGGGCGCUCCCGGCCGGGAUGAGCUCACCGCAGUCGCGCCGGGGCUGAGCGCCGAGCCGGGCGGCGGCGGCGGGGCGGGCGGCGGCUCCUCGGCGGCUCGGCGGCGGGGCCGGGCCGCGGGCCACCAUGCUGGGCCUGGACGCGUGCGAACUGGGGGCGCAGCUGCUGGAACUGCUCAGGCUGGCGCUGUGCGCCCGAGUCCUUCUGACCGACAAAGAGGGGGGCCAGCUGCCACCGGAAGAGGUGCUGGACGAGGCCGUGCCCGAGUACCGGGCCCCGGGGAAGAAGAGCCUCCUGGAGAUCCAGCAGCUGGACCCGGACGACGAGAGCCUGGUCAAGUACAAGCGGGCCCUGCUGGGGCCCGUGCCGCCCGCCGUGGAUCCAAGUCUGCCCAACGUUCAGGUGACCAGGCUGACACUGAUAUCUGAGCAGGCCCCGGGGCCCAUCAUCAUGGACCUCACAGGGGAGUUGGCUGCGCUGAAAAACCAGGUGUUUGUCCUGAAGGAGGGUGUUGAUUACAAAGUGAAGAUUACCUUCAAGGUCAACAAGGAGAUCGUCAGUGGGCUGAAGUGUCUGCAUCACACCUACCGCCACGGCUUGCGAGUGGACAAAGCCGUCUACAUGGUGGGCAGUUACGGCCCGAGCGCCCAGGAGUAUGAGUUCGUGACUCCGGUGGAGGAGGCGCCCCGAGGCGCGCUGGUGCGGGGCGCCUACGUGGUCACGUCCUUCUUCACCGAUGAUGACAGGACCGCCCACCUGUCCUGGGAGUGGGGCCUCCACGUCUGCCAGGACUGGGAGCGCUGAGCGCCCCGCCCCGGGGCCUCUUCCCACUGGCCUCCCCACCUCUGUCAGCUGCUGCAAGGGAGCCCUGAGCGUUCCCCGGCCCCUCGGUGACCAGACCCCCACCCUCCGUCCUGUCCCGGGAUGCCCCCCCAGGCCUGGCACUGUGCCCUGAACGGUCCUAUUAAAUGUCGCUCUGUGUCGGUG